UAUGGACUGGUCCGGGGGUAAAGCCUUUACAAUUUAUAAAUGUUGAUCAAAUACAAACUAAGAAUGACAAUGGCAAUGAACUUUUUUGGGUAAAACAAUACAAUAAUGUUAUCAAAAAACCUACAGAAAGUUUAGCAAGCGUUUUACAGGCGUGAUAUUUACAACAGAUAAGAAAACUCCAAGCUUGUCAUCCCUUCAUUAGAAGAGUUUAGUUCACAGCACAAAAACAUGGCAUCGAAGAAAAAGCGUCGGGAUGAAGAUUUGGCUCAGGAAGAAGUGCUGACGGCGGUGGUUUUAGCUGACAGUUUCAAUGUCAGGUUUGCCCCCAUAACGCACAGGAAGCCAAGGACUCUCCUUCCCCUGGUGAAUGUCCCAUUGUUGGACUACACCCUGGAGUUCCUGUGUUCUGCUGGUAUUGAGAGAGUCUACCUGUUCUGUUGUGCUCAUGCUGAACAGAUCAAAGAACAUGUCAGGAAGUCUAAGUGGUCCACCAGGUGUUCCCCGUGUGAGGUUAUUCCCAUAGUGUCUGAGGACUGCCUGUCUCUAGGAGAUGCUCUGAGAGAAAUUGAUGCCAAGGCUCUCAUUGACACGGAUUUUGUCCUCGUGAAUGGUGACUUGGUCUCUAAUUUACCACUGAAGGAUCUCAUUGAGGAACACAAGGAGAGGGUCCAGAAGGUCAAAUCCUCAGUGAUGACAAUGGUGUUCAUGCAUGCUGCUCCACACCACAGAACACGUUGUCGUGAAGAGGAGGUGCUCGUUGCCGUAGACAGACCCACGCAGAGAGUGCUGCACUACAGAAAAGUGGGAACAGAUCAUAAGUUUGAGCUGCCUGCUGAACUAUUCCAAGAAUUCAGCGACAUCCAGCUCCGCUAUGAUCUCCUUGAUUGCCACAUCAGCAUCUGUUCUCCUCUGGUGCCGCAACUUUUCACUGAUAACUUCGACUACCAGACGAGUGAUGAUUUUGUGAGAGGGAUAUUAGUCAGUGAAGAGAUUUUAGGCAACACCAUCCAUAUGAAGGUGGUAGAGGAGGGUUACGCUGCCAGAGUGUCCAAUCUACAGAUGUAUGACGCAGUCAGUAAAGACAUAAUCAGCAGGUGGAGUUUUCCUUUAGUUCCUGACAAUGACAUCAGCAACAACAAUAAUAUGAAUAAAUACAGCUACGGGAGACAUAAUAUUUAUCUCAAUAAGGAUAUUACUCUGGCCAGAGGGUGUGUCUUGCAGGAAGAUGUGGUGAUAGGGCCUGGCACUAGUAUAGGCUCAGGGUCUACUCUGGCUCACUCCGUGGUAGGGAGAAAUUGUAAAAUAGGAGAGAAUGUCAAGUUAGAGAAUGCCUAUAUCUGGGAUGGGGUUACCAUAGAAAAUGGAGUUUCCGUCACUACCGCUGUGAUUGCCGACAACGCUGUCCUGAAGAAAGAUGUUACUGUAGAACCUGGAUGUGUGUUUUCUUAUGAUGUAAUUGUUGGUCCAUCAGUUAAAAUCCCAUCAGGCACAAUACUGUCCUCAGCUCCAGUGGAAGAUGACGGGUUCAGUGAUGAGGAAGAGGAGACAGUUAAAGGUCUCAAUCCAGUACUGGUGGGUUCACAGGGCGUGGCUUAUCUAUAUCAGCCAGACGCGGAGGACAGCGAUAAUGAAGAUAUAAUACAGGACAUGUGGGGUCUAACCAUCCAAUCAGAGGAGGACGAUGCCAGCAGUGUGGGGAGUAUGGGAAGCGAUGAGUUGUCGCCGCCUUCCAGCCCACCAGCAGAUGAUAUGAAAUUGUUCUAUGGAGAGGUAUUGGACACUUUGGAAAGAGUGUUUACAGAAAAUAUAGGGACAGACAAUACAAUACUGGAGAUUAACUCUCUCAAGCAUGCCUACAACAUCACCAUAAACGAACUGAACGGUCUUGUUACCAAGGCAAUUAUCGCUUACCCACAGAGGAAUAAUAAAGAUAUGGACCCCCCAAAACUGAUGAGCGCUCUUAAACCAGUACUUGCCAAACUACUUCCUGUCCUUAGAAACUACAUGAAAAAUACAGAAUGUCAGCUGGAAUGUUUGGCAGCGUUGGAGGAUUACUCUAUCCAUCAUCCCUCCACGGGCGCUAUCCUCAUGAAGGUGAUGCAAGUUCUGUAUAACGCAGACGUUUUAUCUGAGGAAGCCAUCUUGCACUGGUACGAGAACGUUCCUACAGACCACGCUGACCAGCACCAAAAAAUACGGAAAAAGGUGGAAACUUUUAUAAAAUGGCUUGAAGAGGCAGAGGAAGAGUCAGACUGAUUAUUGAACAUUUUGUUACGGGAUGAAGAAGCUAGUUUGAUUUUGAUCAUAAGUGAAUUCUGUCAUGGAUUAAAGAGAAUUAAUUCACUGUGGAUUAGAGAGGUGUAUUUGACAAUAUUAACUUGUACUGAUAUGGAUCAGACAUGAAUUCUGAUGAGAAUUGUGAUAACAGUUUUAUUCAAUUGAAUUGAAAGUCUCUAUUAUCUAACUGGAGGGCCUUAAUGUCACAAUUAAUAUUGCUGCUGAGAGCAGUGGCAGGUGCCAGAUUGUGGUAGAGGAGAUUUAAACACAGUGAGCCAGUCUCACCCCAUUGUGAUAUUCUGAGGCAUUAAAUGAACAGAAUACAGUGGUUUAAGGUGAAAAGAAAUUGAGGAAAAUAUGUCUUGUAUCACACAUUUUCUGUGGCUCACUGAAGAAGCUUCCAUAAUAUUAAUAUAAAAUACAAAAUACUUGAGUCACAGCUUCCCCUGUGGUUUGUUUUAAAAGAGUUGGGAAUCCUACAAGAUGGGGAAUGGUUCAAGAAAAGAUUGAAAGAUGGUAAACAUUAUAGAUGUUAGAGUCAGGUAAAUCCAAAAAUUCUUUCCAGGUUUUCCUCUUAUUAAUAUUUUUACAACAAUUUAUAUGGAACAUUUUUAGGUUGCAACCUGUAAAUCCAUCAGUUGUAAAAUAAAGAUCAAAUGUGUAUACAACAUUUGAAUUAAAUAUUCUUCAUGGCGGGCAACAGGAAGACAAUAUGGAAAAUAAAACAGA